AAAAAAGUUAUGCUGCACUAGUUGAAAAAAAUAUGCCUCUAAUUUUACAGGGAUAACAUUUUUGUAAUUUUGGUUAGAUAUCAAAUGUUAUAGGUCAUUUAUAAAUUAUACUUAAAACUGGUGGUACCACUGUGUGUGUGUGUGUGUGUGUGCGUGCUGAACCACUGUGAUCCUUAAGCCUGUUGCACUCAAAAGCAGCACCUGACACAAUUUUUUUACAAAGGUGACCUUCUUAGACUGCCACCUAGUCAUCAGACUUGUGUUGCAUCCGGCAAAGAUCUUAUAAAAACAAGAUAGCGUUCUCCGCAAUUUACGCGUAACAAAUAGAAGCGUCGGUCAAGGUUCAAAAGUUUCCAAUUUAGCAAAAGGGCGCCAUUCAUGCGCUAUUAUACCAAAGAGAAAAAGUAAUCAGGGCGUCUUGUCUGUUGCCAUGGAUCUGAGAUGGUUCCUGUUCUGCUGUUCACAGGAUUAGUAAAGCCGCGCGACGUACGGUGUGGUAAGAGCGGUCAAGGGUCAAAAGUUUCCAAUUUAGCAAGAGGGCGCCAUUCAUGCCUUAUUACAGAAUUUGCACGCGUAAAUUGCGGAGAACGCUAUCUUGUGUUUAUAAGAUCUUUGAUCCGGCAAGUGUUCACUUAGAGGGCGCCAGAAUUUGUUGGUGGACCCAGUAGGCUUCUGGUUCAAGUAAAUCGCUGCUCUAGUUGUGUUUCAGAAGGAGGGCUGAAAUAAAAGCUACGAUAAUGGUAUGUCAAAAGAGAGAUGAUGAUGUCAUUGGUCUCAUGUGAAUUAUCUCUUAUGCACAAAUCAAUCGUCAUUGCUCAGGGGUGUACAAGGAAUAAAAAAAGGUGUUGCCUUACACAGGCCAAUUUGAACAACCUUAGUGUAUAAAUGUGACAUGCUCCCACAAAACCUGGACAAAUGGCAAAAUAUCAAAAUAUGGUUUUUUUUUCUGGAAUUAGCUUUAGAAUACAAUUAUUCUAAAUGAAAGUGAAAGAAAUAUUAAAAAUAAUGAUGAGUAAUGAUUGAUAGAAAGAGGUAGGGCAUCAGAAAUGGUGCAACAUUUUUGUUAUAAAUAAACUUUCGAGCAGACAAUACACAUUUAAAAUGUGUGCUCAAAAGCUUGUAUCUUUUAUGAUAUUAAUAAAUGUUGCUUAAUAUUAUUGUAAUUAUUAUCAUAGUACUAUAAAUAGUAGUGUCAGUACUAUAAAACUCAGUUUUGAUGCGUAUUAGAAACUGAUUGAACCCUUGUUUUAUGUAUGUUGUGUGAUGUUAUUAAACUGCAAAUCUCAUCAUCAAAGGGUUUUUUACAUAGAUAUAUUCAAAGAAGUAUUAAUGACUGUAAUUUAUAAGAUACUGUGUUUGUUUUCGUUUAUGAUUUUAAUUGUCUAAUGUUCAUAAAUGUUUCCAUAAGAGUACAAUUAGUAGGCCUACAAUAUUGGAAAUUACUGGAACCUGGUACUGUAUUUAUUUUCAAUGGAAGUGGAGCCAUAGCUUGCUAGUUAAGAUGCUGGCUUAAAGCAUGGUUAAAUUUCAGGUGAAGAAAAAAAAAAGAAACAAUUAUUUAAUCUUUAUCUAGAUAUGAAGGGAAUUAAUGCUCAGUUCAAACUAUUAUACUUCCGUCCUGUUUGUGUUCCAUUCCAAUAAACCCAACCAUUUAAGCAUUGUUUCUAGGUUCCACAAAAUGACAGGGUAAACUUACGUACACAGAUGUGUGUGUUCGAAAUGAGCAUGUUCCUGGUCCCUUAUUAAGUUGGUCAGUUUUAUCAAAGAGUAACAACUGCAAGAGGUCUGACUCUCGUGGUAACGUUGAAACGCAAUCCUAUUUCAAAAAUAACUGCCAUGAAGGGGCGUGUCCUUAAAAGACGCAUUUCAAGCGAACUCUAUUUAAAUUCUGUUUGUGCGCCCCUAUCGUGUGGCAGUACUUUUUUAACGUUACAUUGCGUGCAUACAAAAUCAGGGCAGUUGGACUUCUUACAAUUCUAUACUGUUUAGUUUCAUUGACACCCCAGCAAUAUCCAUUGACAAGUGUAGGCCUACUUGUUGUUAAAUGAUAGUAAAGCUGAUCUGAAAUUUUAAGAUGAGCUUAAUAUAAAACAUGAUGCCAUUUAAUAAUAUAUCAUGCUUUAUAUCAAUAUGUAAACUUGUUUAGAGACACUUUUAAUCAAUUGUAUAUUAUUUACGGAUGCUAUUGACAACUGAUCCGAUAGUCCUUAAUCGGAUAUUUUAACCUUGAUUGUAUGUAUAUGAAUAUUUUGUAAAUGUUGAUAUCAGAAAAGACUAGGAAAUAUAGGUGCUAUUCCCGAAUCUUAUAUCGUAUUUAGUAUAUUAAUAGAUUUGAUAAAUAAUACUCCAUACGGUGCUCUAGUGCUUACCCCACAAUGAAUUUACUUGUUACUAUUAUUUGUCAUCGUGUUAUUAUACCAACUCGAGCCCUAAAUAAUGAGGCUUUUUAUUUUAAUGUAUUUUUAUGUACUGUAUAGGCUUAUAUGAAAUGUUAGCAGAGUCUCCACUGGCAUUAUUUUUUUAUAGAAAGCAAAAUUCUUUACAUGUGACAUCGCCUAGUAGCGUAUAAAUUGGUUAUAGGCCUAUUGAACAAAGUUAACAACAUUCCAAGUUAUACCAAAAUUAAAUGUAAAAAAUAUAAAAAUUGGAAAUAUGUAUCCUAUUAUUAGGCCCUAUACUGUUUAUUAAGGGGUUGAAAUGUUAACUUCUGACGAACAUUCUCUUCAGAUAAAUGUUGUUUGGAGUAACAAGAAUUUUACUUCAGUGAAUCGAAUCUUAAGAACGGUACACCUACGUAUAUAUCAAUUACGUAGGUGUAUAAAAACUCAUGUUUUGUGUAGUGUGUAAACCAUUUCUUUUUCUUUUUUUUAUCAUUAAAUAGUUUAGAUUGAUGUGUUGUGAUGUAUUUCUCCUACAAUAAAUUAGUGAGCAUGAAAACUUCCAUACAUAUUAUCUUUUCAUUAUUUCUUUUUUAGUAUCGUCUCGAUAUUGCUAACAACAGUUUUUAUUUUUGUAAAAUGUGUAUCCCAUAUGCAGUUAAGUACGGCGGAUUGAUGUAAAUACGGUUACAGAAUGCAUACCUUAACCACCGUACGAUAGUGGUAAUAGUAAUGAUGGUACAUAUUUGGGUGAGGAUGGUAAUCAUAAUAGGGAGUUUUCGCAAGUUUAAGAAAAAGAUAACGAAUACGCUAACAUCAUCAAAUUGUUAGACAACCCAUCAUCCCCCACAUCAGCAUAUCCCACACAAUGUAGGCGAUUCAUGCCUUUUGUAUGAAUGAAGGAUCAUAUUGAGCUCGUGCGUAUUGUCAAUAAUGUUUUAAGUACAAAUGAAUAUAAUGAUAAUGACGUAUUCUUAUUCGUUAUCGUUUUUGUAAGGUUGCGAAAUCUCCCUAAUCAUCUUUUUGUAAAUGUUUUGUCAUUAAAUUAAAAAGCAAAAUUGAUGCAAAAUUACUUAAAAUUACUAGGAGAAAAUGUAUAUAAGGAUGUAAAAUCCUAUGAUAUAAAGCCGCCUUUUAUUUCGAAAUAAAUCAUGUCAAACAUCAUUAUUUAAGUACUAUAAAUAUAAAAUUUGAAAUGGCCUAUCGCAGUGUAUCGAGUACAAUUCACAAUUUAAUGAUGGCAAUUCCUGACGUUAAAACGUGCAUAUAAAAUAAUUAUGAUGUUUUUUAUUACGGUAACCUGUUAUAAAUGAACCCCAUUUUCUUGUCCAUAUAAAACGACGUAUAUACUCUACAGCGUACUAAUAUCGAAACAAGGAAACAAACAAGUAUUAUAUGCCAUGACAUUCGUAGCAUCGCUUCUUGAUACAGGUUGUCUUGAUUUCGAAUUCAGAUAUUAUACAACGGGUCUGGUCUUUAGCAAGGGCUGUCAAUUUGUUGGAUAAACCUAUUUAUUUUCAAGCCUUGAUAUCGUACUUUUCACCAAAUCUAUGAUCGGACUAUUUAAAGCAAAUUCUAAGACUAACUAAUGCAGUUAUUCCGCUAACAAGUACGCAGAGUAGCCAGCGGGAUUUAUCUUUUGAUGAAAUAAAUUCGAUUGAGUGUGUUCGAAUUGUAUUUUAAGUUCGAAUCACGUGAUCAGAUAUAGGCCUAUUUGAAGAUGGUUAGGCAAGUGCCACAGUGUGGUGACCAGCCUAAGGAGCAGAAGAAAGCUGGGUACAUCUCUAACCAAACUGCUAUUGUACACAUUGUGAUAUCGGUGAUGUAUUUUGUUGACACCGUUAUACCCAUCGCAGACACAUUCCCUUGUAAAGAUAUCACAGUUGUUCUUGGGUUAAAUACUCUGAUUGCUCUACUGACGGGAAUUAUUGGAUUUAGAGCAUCAAAGCGUCCAAGCAUACCACUCAGUAAAGUAUAUAUCGGCUUAUCAGUGCUUAGUGGUGUGGGUGCUCUGUGUCUGCUAGUAGUUGCUAUCAUACGUUUCUUCAUAUCUUCAUGUGGCCAAACAAACAGCUUUAUUAGUGCUACUGUAAUCACUUUGUACUCGACAGUCAGUGCGUUGUUUGAAAUCCCGAACUGCAUUGUAUCGGUGUCGGUGUUUAACAAAGUAGUGAACAGAUUAAAACAAGAGAGAGCCACUCAGAACGCGGAUGAGUUUGUUAAAUUGGAAGAGAAAAGACAACCAUCCAAUUCUAAGUAUGAAUACAGCACCAUCGGCGACAAUUUGCCGUCCAAUAACCAAAAGAAUACUGAUGGGCAUCCGUAUCAAGAGACACUCCAGGGUGCGUUGGUGGAGGAUAAUGAAAAUGGUUUUAAAUCGCACCAUUUUUACCCAACAGUUAUCGUCACAUCUCAGCAAUCUCAAGAAGUUUCACCAGAGCGUCAGCUUGAUGAGACGACCUAUAUUGAGAUGGAUGACAAAAUGACGUCAAAUUUGAAAUUUCCUGGAAAGGUUACGACGUUUGUCUAUGAUUAUACAUAUGCUGAUGUGGCGCCAGAACCUCCACCACGAGCAAAACGUUCUUCAGAAGUUCUAAAGUCAUUUACACUACCACAUCCAUACCUGGAAAUUUAUGAUAAAUCGGAUCCACCUAAAAAAUACGCACACUCUGCCGACAUGGAACAUGCGCGAGAAAGAAGACAAACUUACUUUCACAAGAAAUUUGCGUCGCGCUUCCAACCCCUCGCUGACGAUCAACCUACCUCAGGCGUUUUCUUAGCAAAAGUGAAUAAAUAUCACAAUGCGUUUGCCGACAGACUCAGGUGCGCCGUCAGUAACGAAGAAAUAUAUCCUGUUGCCAACCAGUCACCAUUAAAAGACGAGAGCGAGAAAAAGGUCGGAGAACCUUUUCCCAGACCAAAACGUACAGACCAACAUGAACAUUUUCAUUCGGUGAAUGGACAAUCUUGCCUCUCUGACGUCGAGAGCACCGAUGAGUGUACCUCAUCCAACACAGAACCAGUUCAGAAGAAUUGGGGUUUAUAUGGUGAUUGUGGCGCUAAUAGCGGUGGCAUAGUAAAGUCGAUGCAACAAAGGACCACAGGAGAAUGUCAGCUGCCAUUUUCCAGUCUGCAGGAGUCUAUGGUUGGCGAUGAAACAACAAAGAAGACUAGUUUGAAAAGUCGAAACAAUAGUGGUGAUGACGUUGGUUGUUUGGUUGUCAAUGAGAGCUACUCAUACUUACAUGAAUGCUGAUGGUGCUCAUAAAUUUGCUCCUAAACAAAGACAGACACAAGCCUGCUGAUCUCCGAAAAACAUACAUGUCUAAGCCUUACUGUUUUAGUGAUUGCUUGUAAACCUGAUUGCUUAAAAACCAUAUAUGUUAUAACUUGGCAAAAUUUAUUCCAAGGCUCUGUGAUUAGUCAAAACCUGCAUAGAAGUCAACAAACUUAUAGCGGUUAAAAGGUUCAAAAAGAAUACAGUAUUACUACACUAAGUUUUCUGCCCACUGGUCGGACGAAUUCUGUGUAAAAGUUUAAGCAUCUGUACCAUAAAUUACUGUACUCAUUUAAAAGAUCACAUAAGUUAUCAAUUUUCAAUAUGUUAUACCGACUUUUUUUUUUUUUUUAUUGAUUUUCAAUGAUUUAUAAUUAUCAACUGAUUUAUUUAUGGACACAUAUUAACACAGUACGGUACUCAUUUAAAUUACUGGCAGACAUUGGUCACCUGUACGCAAAUGUCAUAAAAGUGCUAUUUUUUAAACGCCUGUACUGUCGCACUUUAUUAAUCAUCGCCAUUAGUACCGUAAUUCCUGUCGAGCACUAUGUAACACACUUGUCUGACUUUAUAAACCUGUUGCACUUUGUAAUACCGUACUCGCGCGAAUAAGCGCCCCGGCGCUUAAAAUAUUUUUGGCUCUUUUUGAGGGGGAACUUAUUCAAACGGGGCGUUUAUUCAAAGGAGGCGCUUAUGAAAACAGAGUGGAAAUUGAGGAGGCGCUUAUGGAAAUAGAUGAAAAUUGAAGGAGUGCUUAUGGGAAAUUGGAAAAUUUAAGGGCCACCGUUUUUUUUAAUCGAAGAUAAGUGAAUGGUUUUGGUGAAGAAAAAGUAAUCUUCGAUCGAGAGAGCAUGAAAUUGACGAAAUUUGGUGUUGGUGGUGGUGGUAAGCGUGUUGGCGAUCUGCCAAUUCAGAUUAGAAGGAUCAUUGCAGUGUUUCUUGCUUAGAUACGAGAGUGAUGCGUGAUGAAGUCAGUUAUUUUUAGUUGACUGAUAGGCCUAUUAAAUACUAGUAGUUCUAAAGAAUAAAAAAAACAAGCAAUAAAACAGAACGGGAUUACAUCAAAACUGAAAAUUAUCUUAAACUUAAUGGAGACUGACAGCCAGACAUGGAUAGUUGGACUGACCGACCGACGAUGCUAAGAUAGAUGCGAAUAGUUGAUGCAGAAAAUUAAGUUGGUGAUGUACUGUAUGAUUGAUUUUUUUUAGGAAUCGAGGGGCGCUAAUUCAAACAGGGCGCUUAAGACAAUUUUCACGCCUAUUCAAGAGGGGCGCUUAUUCAAAGGGGCGCUUUCGCGCGAGUAAGUUAACUGUUUUUCCGCACUUUGUAACAACAGGACUGUCGUACUUUUUUAACAACUGUCUGUCGCACUUUGUAAUAAACUAAGGUUUCGUGCUUUGUAAUAGGUAACUUCUGUACUUUUAUGGAUUUUGAUUAAUAACAAUUAUUUUGCGGAAUAGUUUACAGUGGGAUGUGGUGAGUCGUUGGACUAGCAUCUAUUGUCGGAAAAAUAAAUAUAUAAAAUAUUAUUUUCUACUUUUUCACACCUGGUUUUAAAUUAGCUAUAAGUACAGAUAUUUUUUAUUUAAUGUAGAAAUUUGAAAAUGGCAAUGUAUUUAUUAAGCUAUUGUAAAAGUAAAUAUAAAACUUUAUUUUCAAGCUAGAAAUGUAAGCGAGAACCUAAUACACAAGAUAAUGAUGUUAAAAUGUGUGUAUAAAAUUAAUGAUGAUGUUGUAAAUAAACCCCAGGAUUUUGUCCAUGUGAUAGGACAUAAAAACAGCGUAUACUGAAACGCUAAAGUAAGAGACGGGCACUCCGGCCUGCUUCAGGUUUCGAACCGUUACCGUACCUUACUGAUAUCGAAACAAGGAAACAUUUUUUUUCAAAUAAUAAUUGUUAAACAAUGUCACGACAUUCCCGUAGCAUCGCUCUUGAUACAAGUUGUCUUGUUUUAAAAUCAGAUAUCAAACAGGUCCUGUUUUCAGGGCGACCCACGUUGGAAAAACUUUCGUAGUUUCAAGUCUGGAUAUUAUAUCGUAUUUUUCACCAUAUAUAUGAUCGGACUAUUUAAAGCAAAUGCCAAGACCAACAUGCUUAGGCCUAUGUUGCGAUAACCAAGUACGCAGAAUAGCUGGUGUCAAGUUAUUUUAUGAUCGAUAAACUAAUUAAAACAUGAAAUAAAUUCGACUAAAGUAGAGUGUUCAAAUUGUAUCGUAACUUCGAAUCACGUUAUCAGAUAUCUGAAGAUGGUUAGCGAAGUGUCAGAUUGUGAUGAACAGCCAAAGCAGAAGAAAACUGGGUUCAUCUCUAACCAUGGACUUAUUAAUAGGUCCAUGGACCCCAUAGGUCCAUGCUUUAAGAAAACUGCUAUUGUACACAUUGUGAUAUCGGUGAUGUAUUUUGUUGACACCGUUAUACUGAUCGCAAACACAUUCCCUUGCAAAGACAUCACAGUUGUUCUUGGGCUAAAUACUCUGGUAGGUUGACCAUUUUUGUUGUUAGAUAAUAUUUGUAAGAUAAUGUUUUGUACCAAUUAAAUAUAUCAAUAAAACCAUGGAUAAGAAAUAUAAA